UAUUUUGUUCUUUAUAAACGAAGCUCCCUCGUUUCUUUCAUUCACCUGGUUUGUUGUCACCUCCACACAGAAAUAAAAUAAAAUAGAAUGAGCAGCUUGAUAAGUUCUCUCGAACUCUCAUCUCUUACGCUUGAAGAGCCAUGGCCUGCUUUCUAGCCUAAAUUUCCUCGAGAUUUUCGUUUUUUUUAUCUUGAGUCUUUCUUGGUUUCUUCAUCAUCUUCUUAAAAACGUUUUCUAAAAUCAUGGGGACUGGAGAAAAAUCUUUGAAAGGCUUCCAUUUACUUCGCAAACAAACGGUCAAAAACAAAGAUGUUCCAAAAGGAUGCUUAGCGAUCAAAGUUGGAUCACAAGGAGAAGAGCAACAAAGAUUUGUAGUUCCUGUUUUGUAUUUUAACCAUCCUUUGUUCAUGCAGCUAUUGAAGGAAGCAGAAGAUGAGUAUGGAUUCGAUCAAAAGGGAACCAUCACGAUUCCAUGCGAAGUAGCGGAGUUUCGUUACGUUCAAGAUUUGAUUGAAGGAGAGAGAUCGAUUAAUCAUAACCAUCAUCAUAGACAUAGCGGUCGUGAUCAGUAUCAUCAUCUUGUUGGAUGCUUCAGAGCGUGAAGGAUGAUGAAGAUAAAUUGAUAAUGGUUAAUGAAUGAAUGAUUGUUUGUGUUUUUACAUUUUCGAUCUUUUUUUAUGUGUGUUGAUCCUGUGGAGUUGAGGAGCCAAAACAUGGCCUAACCCAAGAAAGAAGUGAAUUUCUGAAUGUUUUUCUGUAGUUUAAUGGAAUUUUAAGAUUAAAAAAUAUUUAUUCUGAUUUUCAUCUA